UUUAUUAUUAUUCUAGAAUUUUCUUUCUACAGACGUAUUAGCUUCUGGCAUUUUACAAACUUUUGUCGCCUUCUCAUUAAUUUCUUGCCAUUCACGUAUUUACAUUUGGUCUACAAACUGUACUUAUAAAUACUUGAGAAGUUCACCUUUCUUUCAUAUCGCUGGCCAAACAGAAAACAAAUCGCAAAGCGCUUUUCCAAACGUCGCCACAAUUUUUUCAAUCUCGAUUUCCUCAAAAGCUGAUGACCGUGGGUGCCCUGCCGGCUCCAUCCCGGGCCGUCUCUCCGGUGAAGUCCACCGGAUCUUCGAACCGCGAAAACCGCCACCGCACCCCUCCGCGAUCCCUCCGAACCACCGCUUCUGCCGCCUCCGCCACCGUUGACACCCGAUCACAUAUCUCCAACCUCGAGCGCGUUCUCCUGAGAUCCGCUCCCCACGCUCCCUCCCUCUUCCCCCGCAGCUCCCCCGAUGAAAACUGCGAUAAGACGACAUCCUCCGCCGUGAGGGAUGCCGGCGGCUCCGGAUCCAGCGGCGGCCUCCUCCACGCGCUGAAUCUAUCCACUCUGUUUACUUCCGUCCGAAGCGCCGUGGCCGCCGCCGAUGAGGUUUCCCCUCGUAGCCUCGCACGACUCCAGCGGCUUCUCUCCGAUUCUUCCCGCCCAUCUCCAAAAGACUCGAUUGCGUCGCGGUGGCGACUGCUCCACGGCGCUCAGAACUGGUCCGGCCUCCUUGACCCCCUCGACGAGAAUCUCCGGAGAGAACUCGUUCGCUACGGUGACCUCGUACAGGCGGCGUACCGCAUAUUCCACUCUAAUCCAUCCGCCUCCCCUUCCCGUCCUCGCUACAUGGUCCUCCCCGACCGCAAUUACCGAGCCACCCGCAGCCUCUUCGCCACCUCCUCCGUCGAAAUACCCCACUGGGUUCCCCAAGCCGCCUCCUCCGCUCCGCCAUGGAUGACCCAAUCCUCCUCUUGGAUCGGUUUCGUCGCCGUCUGCGAUAACGACCGCGAGAUCGCCCGCAUGGGCCGCCGCGACAUCGUAGUCGCCCUUCGCGGCACAGCCACCGCACUCGAAUGGGUCGAGAAUCUCCGCACCUCCCUCCACCCCCUCCCCGAUUCCCCCGAUUCCAAGGUCUCGUGUGGUUUCAUGAGCCUCGCCAAAUCCUCCCCCGGCCCAAACAUUCCAAGCCUUUCCACCACCGUAGUCAACGAAAUCCGCCGUCUCGUUGAUCAAUACGCCGGGGAAGAGUUGAGCAUUACAAUCACCGGACAUAGCCUCGGCGCGGCACUCGCAAUUCUCAUCGCCGAUGAACUAGCGGACAAAAUCGAAAACGCGCCGCCAAUCUCCGUUAUCUCCUUCGGCGGCCCGCGCGUCGGCAACCCCGGAUUCGCCGAUAGGAUUGAGAAGAAAGGGGUGAAGGUGCUUCGUGUGGUGAACGCGAAUGAUGUUGUUACCAGGGUUCCCGCCGGCCUUCCGGUACAUGGCGGCGGAGAGGAUAAGGGUAAGUGGUGGGGUUCGCACGUCCUGGAUGGAUUGGAGGGCUACGCGCACGUGGGAACGGAACUGCGUGUGGAUAAUCGGGAUUCGCCGUACCUGAAACCCAACGCCGACCCGGCUUGUUGUCAUGACCUGGAAGCCUACCUGCAUCUUGUUGAUGGGUUUAUGGGGACGGGCUGCCCGUUCCGGUCCAAUGCCAAGAGGAGCCUGGCCCGGCUGCUGAGUCAGCAGCGACCUAACGUGAAGAAGAUCUAUGUGAACCGGCUUAGGUCGCUUGGGGCUGUCGAACCGGACGGCGAUGCCUUUGGGGUCCACCAUGGUCGUCUUGUUAGUCCCUCUGGAUGAACCAGUGAUGAAUGAACAAGUUUUCUUUUCUGUAUUUCUGUCUGUCAGAAAAUUAAAAUGACAAGGACUGUACAUUCUUCUUCAAUCCUAGAUGCUAAGGGAGAAAAAUCAAAAUUAUGUUUAUUCUUAAUA